AUGGCGGAAGCGCAACUCCACCAUCCGACGGUCGGCGGCAAGUCGCUGGAUAACCUACCGACCAACCCAUACCCUCAAUCCUCCCAAACCGAGCAAGAGCAGCAGCAACAACAACAACAACAACAACAACAAGCCCCUCAAGAACAGGAGCGCGUGCCCUACAAGUCAUGGCGCAAGAAAUACCGCAAAUUGCGCGGGACUUUCGACGCCAGCUCGGAUGAGAACAAGCGUCUGUUCAAAGAGGAGCGGAAACUGCAGUCUAUCGCGAAACGUUUGCGGGAGGAGUUAGACGGCCUCCUAGACCUCCUGACCGACCUGAACGCCUCCCCCUCCCUCCCCUCCCACCUCCGCUACAACGUCGCCCUUCCCCCGUCCCUGCGGCAACCGGCCCCAAUCGAAGUCUCCCCCACUAUUACGCCCGAGCAAGCAAACGCGAUGGUGUUGGAGUACAAACUAGCGGUGCAGAGGGGUGAUUUACCGCCGCUGGACUUGCAUGUCGUGAGGGGGGUGGUGGAGCAGAGGCUUGCGGCGCAAGGGGUCGAAGGGUUGGAGGAGGUUGUUGAGAGGGUCGUGCCGAGACCGGUGGGGAGGCUGCCGGUUGGGGGAGAAGGCGGUGAUGGGGUAGGGGUUGAGAAGGGAGAAGCCGCGGUUGACGAGGAAGAGCUGGAGCAGGCAGGGUAUUUGACCACAGAGCAAGAGAUGGACUACCUAGCCCGCCUCGACGCGAAAGAGGAAGGUCUCAGCAUGACAACUACGAACAAUGUCAAGAGCGCCACUACUGCUCCUUCGUCCUCUUCGGGCGCAGCAGGGGUGUCAGUGAGUCUGGGCGAACCGCAUACAAUCAUUGUGGGAGAAGAGAAACACAUGGCCUCCAUGACCCCACGAGAGUUGGAAAGGCAUCUGGAACUCCUCAAUCCCUCUUCGCAGCACAAUUGGCUGCGUGCGCAUUCGAGACAGGGUCCGGUUGGGGUUGUGACUGUGGGCGAUACGGGUGAUGAUGGUGAGUCGCUGGCUGGUAGCGAACAACAGGCGUCAGGCUCUGGUGCUGCAAGUAAGCGCAGACGCACUGGCGGCGGUGGUAGUGGAGGCGGAGGCGGUGGUGGGGGAAGUAAGACCCUGGCCAAACAAGUUGCGGAGCGAGCGGUAGCGGCUAAGGAUCGGGAUUGGAGUCCCGGCGCCGCUUCGAUGAGGGGCGAGGGGGACUAUGAGGAGGAUGGCGCGUCGGUGGGGGUGGAGGAUGGCGGGGUGCGGAGGAAAGGCUCGAUGAGGGAUGGGGAUGGGGCAUAUCGGCCGAAGGGUGGUAAGAGCGGGGCAGGUGCUAGCGGUGGGAAGGGGAAGAGGAAGAGGAGUAGUGAGGCCGUGACGACGGGGAGGGAAGGCACGCCGGGGGCUAAGAAGGCGAGGCUUGAGGGUGGAGCUGGAGAGCGAUGA